GGGAGCAGGUAAGGGAGAGAGAAUCACGGCCGUCCAACUGGUGGAGGCAAGGAGGACAACAAGGAUGAAUGCAACCAGGGACCGUGCUCUGAGGGGGUGGUUGUGGAUUCUGUUUUUACUCUUGAGUUAUGGCGGGCAUGGUGGCCAAGAGAGAAAUGGGUGGAGGGAGGAAGGCAAUGGUGCUAUCUUGCUGGCCUCUGCCCAGACAUCCCAACCCAGCGAAGAGCUCCCAGAAUCUGACUCGGCAGGAGAUGGCCCAUAUGUACCUCCACCAUCAACAUCUCUUCCAACACCAACCACUCCGCCAUCGACAUCUCUUCGAACACCAACAACUCCGUCAUCAACAUCUCCUCCAACACCAACAACUGUGCCAUCAGCAUCUCCUCUCGCACCAACAACUCCGCCGUCAACAACUACUCCGGCGAAAUCCACUGCACCCAGUCAAGGAGUUGGUGUCAACAUUGGAUUCGGAUUGAGCAGUAAGCCGCUCACCGCGAGUGAGAUGGUGGCAAUCGUGAUGAAAACCAAGGCGUCUUCGGUCAAAUUGUUCGGCGAUUUCAUCGAUACUCCCGAGGCCAUGGCGUUUAUCGACGCACUUGCAGGGACGGGAAUCGAUGUCGUGAUCCCAGUUGCCCUUCAGCAGAUUGCUAAGCUUGCCUCUGACUACAACGCAUCUCGGGAUUUCGUACAGAGCAAGGUCAAGGUCCGUCUGGACAAAUCAAUCGCCAUCUCCACCAUCGCGGUCGGCAACGAAGUUCUUCUGCCGGAGCAUGGCACUACAUACUGGGCAACGAUCGUUCCUGCGAUGCGGAAUGUCUACACCGCACUGCAGGACUUCGGUCUACACACGAGCAUCAAGGUUAUCACCCCUCUCAACUUCAAUGCUCUGCAAGCAACAUACCCUCCAAGUGCGGGGGCAUUUAACCAGUCAUACAUGGGUACGAUAAAACCUUUGUUGCAGUUCCUGAACGAAACGGGCUCGAGCUUCAUGGUGAAUAUAUACCCCUUUUAUCCGACGAGGGACCCGAACAACAACAUUGUGCUCGAUUUCGCGCUGGGGGUCCCUGGCAGCAAGGUAGACACCGACCCGGUCAGUGGCUUGAGUUACACCAAUAUGAUCGACAUGAUGAUGGAUGCUCUUGCGAUCGCUAUCGAGAAGGAAGGCUUCCACGGGAUGCCCGUGGCUAUCGGGGAAGUGGGAUGGCCAACUGGUGGGCACCAAAUUGCGACCGUCGCGAAUGCGGAGAAAUUCAACAACUACCUCGUCGGGCAACUUAUGAGCAAGAAGGGAACGCCGAAGCGUCCCGGCGCUCAGGGCUGGAUGCAGGUUUACAUCUUCGAGCUGCUCGACGAAGACCUCAAGCCGUACACCGACCUGAACGGGGCCUUCGAACGGCACUGGGGUAUGUAUUAUAUGAAUGGAACAGGCAAGUAUGCGAUUGACCUGAGUGUGGGAUGGGGGGGCACUGCUUCCACUGUGCCUCCUACCACUCCUACCUCUCCUACCUCUGCUACCUCUCCUACCUCUCCUAUCGCCCCUAUUACUCCUUCGACUCCUUCCACUGCGCCUCCUGCCAGCCAAUCCGGUCCCAUUAUACCGACCACUUGUACCCCUGGUGAGCGCGGGGGUAAGACGAAGAGUCUUAACCAAACACUUACGCAAGCUGGAGGGCCGAACACAUACUGUGUUAUCAAUGACUGUGCGAGCGACGUGUCCAUACAGCUAGCCAUCGACUGGGUGUGUGGGCAAGGUCAGGUGGGUUGCACUGCCACCCAAGAAGGCGGACCCUGCUUUGUACCGAACACUCCCGUAAGCCAUGGGUCCUUUCUGGUUAAUAAAUACUAUGCCAGCCAGGGCAGGAAGCCAAGCGCCUGCAUCUUUAAUGGUGCUGGAAUGAUUAUAGGGGAAAACCCAUCUUAUGGGGCCUGCAUCUACAACUGAAGCUGGUGAAAUAGGGCUCCACGACGGUCACGAGUCCUUAUGACCCUCUUGCAUCCAUGCAACCCCAUU